AUGCUACACCUGAACACUACUGGUGGACAACGUGAGUUUCUAAGAGCAGCUGAAGAUGCUGCAGAUGAUGUUUCAAAGAUGGAUCAGUUCCGGACUGGUGGACAACGUGAGUUUCUAAGAGCAGCUGAAGAUGCUGCAGAUGAUGUUUUGAGGCAUACAAAACAUUUUCUUCCUCAUGUUGCACGGCUUUGUCUUAUAUCAACAUUUAUUGAAGAUGGUAUCCGUAUGUGGUUCCAAUGGGAUGACCAAAGACAGUUUAUGCAAGUAGACAUUGCAUGCAUUUUGCUAGCUUCUGUUGUUGCUUUACAAACAAUCGCGUAUCAUAUAUUGUGGGAUUUGAAAUUUUUGGCAAGAAAUGUUGCCGUUGGAGGUGGUUUGCUGCUUCUGUUUGCUGAGACGCAAGAAGAAAAUAGAAGCCUUUUUGCUGGUGUUCCACAAGUUGGUGAUGCAAACCGUGGAAAAUCUGCAAUGUUACUUACUGGACGUAUAUUUCUCAUAUUCAUGUUCCUGUCAUUGAUUCACUUCGAAUGGAAUUUUGUAAAAAUUAUCGAAAUAGUUGUUGGAGGAGCUUUGAUGAUACUUGUGCUUGUUGGAUACAAAACAAAACUUUCCGCUUUUGUACUUGUUAUAUGGCUAUUCGGUUUAAAUCUAUAUCUGAAUGCUUGGUGGAUUGUGCCAGCAGAUCGUUUUUAUCGUGAUUUCAUGAAAUAUGACUUCUUUCAAACAAUGUCAGUUAUUGGCGGACUGUUGCUUUUGGUGGCCUAUGGUCCCGGUGGUGUUUCGGUUGAUGAUUACAAGAAACGAUGAAAAACAGCGACUGCUUCACAACUCCGAAUUGCAAAUAUUACAGAUAAUGCAAAUUAUGCAGCUCUACAAAGAAAGUACGUCAGUGACGCCGAAUAUGCACAAUUACUUGUUCCAACGUGGGAAUUUUCAAAACAAAAAUAUAUUCCAUCUAAAGCUAGGGAUAUAGGAACACUACAACAUGCGUUUAUUAUUUUACUGAGUGGUUAUACUUCAAACCUUCUCGGCCAAUUUAAUCUGAAAUUUUCAAUUUCCGGACUUAUUGUCCACUUACCAAUCAAGCAUAUUUCGGCAUCAGCUCUGGAUGGAUAA